AUGGAAGGAUAGUGUGAAUGUAAAAAUGAAGAUAAUCCUGAUAUUGAAUAUAUUGGUGUAUGCUAAAAUGAAGAAUGUAAAGAGGAAUUGUUUUGUGAAAAAUGUAAAGGAUUACAUGCUGACCAUGAAGACGAUACUCUUGUUGGAGAAGAGUUUAAUUAAUUCAUUGAAGAAUUUUGUUCUCCUGAAUAUUAAAUGAGACUAGAGAAAGAGCAAAUACUUAACGAAUUUAUAAUAUAUUAUGACAAUAUAUAAAAAGAAAAUAUAGAAGAAGGUAAAAUGCUUAAUGAUGUUCAAAAAUACUUUAAAGAACAAAAUUUUUUAGAGAUAGUCAAAAAUUUAGAUAAAAUCAAGAAAUAUAAAGAAGAUUUAGAUAAUAAUAAAGCAGGUAAUUAAGUUUAGUAAAUUUUAGCUGAAAUAAGAAAAAAAUUGAAUGAAUAUAAAAGGUUAAUAAAAGAACUUGAUAAUAAAUAUUCUUCAGAAGAUAAUUAAGUUAGAGAGCAAAAAUUAAAUUACCUUUAAAAAGGUAAAUUAUAUUAUCUAAAUAAAUUAAGGUAAGGAAUUAUUUCAUGCAUAACUAUAUUCAGAGUCUCUUGAAAAUUUAGAAUAAGCUUUAAAAAUUGAUAAUGAUUGUGUUGAUGCAAUUCUAUUAAAAAGUUUUCUUAUUUAAUAAUUUUUAGGUCAAACUUUAAUUUAAUUGGAAAACUUCGAUUUUGCUAUUACUGCAUGUGAUUAGAUUAUUAAAAAAAAUAAAUUAAAUAUUGAGGCAUAUUUUAUUAAAAGUAUUCAUUUCACAAUUAUAUUUAGUAAUUGCCUUACUUUUAAGUUAAAAAUAUGAUAAAGUAUAUGAAGAACUUAAAAAAGCUAAUCAUAAUUGUUCAUAUAACUUCUACUGCAAUAUUAUCAAUUUAAUUAAAUAGCUAGAAAUUUGCUCUAAUAAAGUUAAAUAAACCUUAUCUAAAUUAAAUUAUGAUUUAAAGGAAAGACUAUAAUCAUUGAUAUUAUUUUAAGAAAUGCCAGGUAAAGUACCUUAAAUUAUUAUUUUUUAGCAUAAAUGAUAAAAUAGUACUUUACUUAAUUAAUUCAAAUUAUUCAACUUGCUGAUCAAGAUGAAAUAAAUCAUGCCCUUUUCCAAUAUAAUUUAAGUAAUAUAUAUAUUCUAAUUCAGAUUUUGAAAUAUUUGAAGAAGACUAAAUAUAAUAUUUUGUUGAUCUGAGACCAAAAUUAGAUAAUGAAGCAUGGUAACAAAUGAUAAAAUUUCUUGAAUCUUUAAAAGAAUAACAAAAUAUUAACAACCAGUAAUUUAUUUACUCAUUUUUUUAAUAGGGUUGAAGUUCCAUUAAAUCCAAAUAUACCUGAAUAAUAAAACAAUGAAGAAAAUUAAAUACAAGAAUAACAAAAUUAAUUGUUUUUUAUAUUCAUUUUAUGAUAGAAUUUAAGAAAAAGUUCCAACUGAUAACACCUCCUAAUCUUAAGAAUUAGGAAAUAAUAAUCAAAUAUAAACUUCUAAUAAUAAAAUAAAUAAUCAAACUCCAAAUUAAUUGAUUGAAGAUUUAAAUAAUUUUCUUACUGAUCCAUAAACAAAUGAAUAACAACAAUAGUAAUAUUUUACCAUUAUUUUAAGAGCUAAAAGCUAGGCUCCUGCAAAUUAGUUAAAUAAUCAAACUCCAGAUUAAUUCAAAUAGGACUUUAAUAAUUUUCUUACUGAUCCAUAGACAAAUGAAUAGCAACAAUUGUAUAAUAUUUUAUCAUUAUUUUAAGAGCUAAAAGCUAGGCUCCUACAAAUUAGUUAAAUAAUCAAACUCCAGAUUAAUUCAAAUAGGACUUUGAUAAUUUUCUUACUGAUUAAAAUUAAAAUGAAAUCCCUUCAAAUUAAUAAUAACAAUAGUAUCAAUAUGUUAUUAUGAAUUAAGAGCUCAAAAUUAGGCUCCAAAUUAACCAAAAAAUGAUCAAACUCCGAAUCAACUAGCAUAAGAUUUAGAUAAUUUCCUUAAUGACACAUAACCAAAUAACAUUACUCAAAACUAAUAAUCAAUAUAGUAUCAUAUUUUAUUCAAGUAGAUCUUAAUAAUAAUAGUUGUCUAAAGAAACCCCCAUUCCCAUAAUCUAAUAGUAAUUGGCAGAUUUCUAUGAUCAGCCUUAAAAAUAAAUCAUUUAACCUUAAUAACAGUAUAUUUAUAUUUGAUUAUUAAGAGUUCAAAAAUAACCUAUAAUCGCUAAUGAAAUAACACCCUAUUCACAGCAAGAUCUCUAAAAUUUUAUGAAUGAAUAAUAUUAAGAAAUAUAACCUAAUAAAAAAAUGAUAAUUUUAGAUGAAGACAAACGUUAUUCAUAAAUUUUACAAUAUUGUGAUCAAAUGAUAAUUAAAUCAAAAGAUAAAGCCUAGUUCUAUUUUAAAAAAGGUAAUUGAGAUUUUUGAAAUUAGCAAUGACUUUAAUAAAACUAUAAGAUUAUGAUGAUGCUAUAUAUUAUUUAGAUUAAGCUUCAACUCUUAAACCAGAAGAGGCUAGUUACUAUUAUCAAAAAGGUUUAAUUAGAAAUAUUUUUAGCUUUAUUGUUUCAGAUGCUUGAUCAAAAUAGUUUAGCUUUAUUAAAUUUUGAUGAAGCAAUAUAGAAAGAUCCUUCAAAAGCACUUUAUUAUUAAGAAAAAGGUAUAAUAAAGAAGUAAUUAUUAGGAAAUGCAUUAUAAAAAUAGAAUCGAUAAAAUGAAGCUGAAAAAUAUUUUGAAUUAGCUAGGUAAAAAUAAAAUGAAGAUUAACAAUGA